AUGUCUGAGAAGUCUGAGGAGGUUAUAUUCGAGAAACCUCCAAACAAAUAUUAUGUCGGAAGGAGUUUGAUCGCUUUUUGGAUUUUCGGCAUUUGCAAUAACUUUGGUUAUGUGGUUAUGCUGAGCGCUGCACAAGAUAUUCUACGAGUUGAUGAGAGCAAAAAUGGGAAUUUAACAAAAAAGGAGGAAAUUUGCAUGCCCGAUAUGUCACAGCGAGUAUGCACGGAACAAUCAGCCGGUCUUGUUCUAAUGAUGAACAUUUUGCCAAUGUUCUUUAUCAAAUUUUUUGCUCCUUUUUUCAUUCAUUAUUUGCCAUAUGGAACAAGAAGCACAAUUGUGAUCGUUUUUCAAGUGUUUUCCUUGUUGAUAACCGCUUUUGCUACAAAUGUGCCGAUGGCUUUAACUGGAGUGGCAAUGGCGUCGGUUGGUUGUGGCUUUGGUGAGAUCAUGUAUUUAGCGCUAGCGGCACACUAUUCAGCAAAUGUGUUGACCUCGUGGUCCUCUGGGACGGGAAUGGCCGGCAUUCUGGGAGCUGCACUGUAUGCAGCGAUGACCGAUCCGCGAAUGCUCGCGCUUACUCCACGAACCGCUCUCCUUUUAAUGCUAGUCGGGCCAACUGUUUUUGCAGUCACCUAUUGCCUUUUAUUGGCCCGAGCACCGACCGUUAAGAAAACCGUUUUCCACCGACCAUCAACUUGGAUCGAGUGGAAAGUGAAAAUUAUCGAAAAUGGACAAAUAGACAAUGCCGCCUCCACCGACAGUCAACAAUCAAAUGGACCAACAAGUGUUCGCGAGAAAUUGAGCGUCUCAAUGGGCUUAUUGAAAUACAUGAUCCCGUUGGGAACGGUCUACUUUGCGCAAUAUUUCAUCAAUCAAGGAUUGGCUGAAUUAAUCAUCUUUGAUUGCACUCAGGGAUUGCAUUCUUCGCCUGACUCACAGUAUAAGUGGUAUCAAGUUCUCUACCAGAUUGGGGUUUUCAUUUCCCGAUCGAUGGUCGGCUUAAUCUCGUUGCCUUUCUGGGUGAUCGUUGCCGUUUUGCCGAUCUCGCAAAUGUCAAUCAUGAGCUCACUUCUGCUCGAGUCCCUUUCCCCAUACCUUCCACACAUUCUCGUUGUCUAUGGAAUCAUUCUAUUAGAGGGACUCGUCGGUGGAUCCGCCUACGCGAACACUGUUCGACAUGUUCACAAAAAUGUUUCAACAUCAGUGAAAGAAUUCGCUCUUUUAAUUGUGACUGCAGCAGACACUGUCGGCAUUCUCAUUGCUGCUAUUCUCUCGAUUCCCACUCAUAAUUACAUUUGUCAUUUACCGUAUUAUGAUUGGUUU